AUGGACAAUUAUCCCGAGGACUAUGUGGCCCAUUUAACGCCGCUGGUGGGUCUUUUGGGUCUGACUCCGUUCUCCGAUGACGUAGCCGACAAAUUUGCCUCCUUGAAAAUCGACACCUCCGACAGUGGAGCUCCCAACAGUGCCACUACUCAGGGAGAAGUGCUCAAUCGGUUUCUGCCGCCAGUUUGCGACAAUGUCAAGGCUCAGGCGUUGUGCGAAAAUCUCCUGGGCGGCUUUGAAAGUAAGUCGCAGGGGUACCCGUUGAUUUGGAAUGGUAAUAACGCUGUUCGUGCCUCUCGAAAGAUGAUCCCUCACUUCCUGCAUCUCAAGCCCAUUGCCAACGACUUCAUUUUGCCUAAAAGUAAGUCCAACAAGACAGAUUUGGCCAGUGCCAGCAACACGCCGAGUAUCGGCUCCGAGGGCUUUGAAAUCAACAUCCAACAGCAUGGCCAUUCGCCCUUGUCUCCCUUGAACUCGGACUCGGACCUGUUCCCUGACGGAAUCAUUUCGCCAGAGUGGCUCAAGAAGUAUACGCAGCAUCUACCAUCGACAGUUGUGUCCUUUUAUUCGCUGACGCCAGAUACAGUCAAAAACAUGUCUCUGGAGGCUCUGAGUCAGGACAUUCUGGCCCUCAAAAGCCAGCUCAGUGUACGCGACCUGCGACCAGUGGUGGUCAUGGUCGUAGACGACUACUCGCCAGCAGCUCAAACAGCCGUCAAUGAGGCCAUCAACCAGCUGAGAAAACAAACGGGACUUAACAAGACUACUCUGACUGCUGUUUCGAUUGGGGCUACACAGAAGGAACUUGAUACCCUGUGUGAAACAGUGUGCCAAACGGCCUGGGCUAACGCCAAUGAAUUCUACAACAAUGUGGCCAAGCGAAUCCGACGAAAGCUCACCAGAAACUCGUCUUCCAUUCCUUCACUCAAGUCUCAACAAGCAGGAGGACAGUCGCUGGACGACCAACUGCUCCAGCUCACAGAUACACUGCCCCUAACACACAUGGGAUGGGUGGUGCGAUACUCGUACAAGCUAGCAUGCCUGACGGAGUUCCGACAGGACGUGGAAACUGCUACAAAGGCGUACGAAACAGCAUACGAGGCCCUGGUGGAGUGCUUUGACAACAUCUGGCCACGACCUGAAGCUGUCCAGAACGGAUCUACGUCUUCAAUGGCUGCUACUGUGUCUAUUACUCCCUCGGGAGAUCCCCUAGGACGUACUCUACGGUGGGAACAGGCUCGUGGGCUGCUGGAUACUAUCGCUUUCAAGAUCGCCAAGCUCUACUUGUACUACGGAAACCCUUCAACUGCUACUCGAAAGUUUCGAUUGCAUCUUGAGACAGUCAAAAACAUGGCUGCGGAAAAACUGGGUUACAAAUCUGCGAUUGAGUACGCACAAACACCUGCCUAUUUGGGCUGGAUGGCUCUCCAGACUGCAGGCAUGGCAGAGAUCGUGUCCAAAUCAGCCUUUUUCAAAACAGAUUCGCCGUUUGCUGCUACUUCUGGACCUGGCUUGACCCCCACAGCAGCUGCCACUCUUCCUAGAGCCGGCUUUCUGUAUCUAGAGGCCAUCGACUACAUUGAGCGACGCCAAAAGCUGGAGGAUGAGGCGUUCGACGACCCGUCGCGUGACCCGUAUCCCCCGGAGUCGACUGAGUCUGAAGGGGGCAUGUUGACUCGUCGGGCUGAGCCGUCCGUUCUUGCUGAUCUAUACCAGCGUGUGAUUGCCGACUUCUCUCGAAAGACAGGAGGUGGAGGAACACGAAACCUUGCAGUUGCACAUCUUCGUCUGGGUCAAUUGCUGUCUUCUGUUGAAGAGCUUCAGACUGCUGGUGCCAUUCUAGCCAAGUCAUCAUGGCCUUCGUUGCUCAAACAGUGUCUUCUUGCACUCUGUGAACAGUACCGAGAAGCCCAGGAUGUCAAGGCUGCUCUUGCUUGUGCUGUGUAUCUCACCAGUGACAAGUUUGGCAGCAAUGAUUCUGAGCGAGUGCCCUUCGACUGCCAUAUCAAUACUCUUUGCAAGGGUUUGAGCGGAGUGGCCACUACUGACUUCACGGCAGCUAACAUGGGUAUUGGAGCUGUCAGCUACGUACCCUUCAAGGCUAAUUUUUGCUUUGAGCAGUCCGAGUUCCAUCUCAAGGUUCCUGGGCGAUGUCAGCUGACUUUUACGUCGCAGCUUCAUCGAGUCGUUUCCCAGGUGACCCUCUCCACUCUAUGGUUGCAGCUGUCUGGUACUCUCCAUCCUGUCUGUAUCGAGCAUGAUGAGACUUCCUUGGCCGACGGAGCUAUUGCCAACCUUGCUACCCCCUCAGUAGAGACUCGAAACGGCUCCAAGGUGAUUGUUUACAAGGCAAAUCUGACCUUCACUGGCGCUACCAAGCGGUUCCAGAUGACCAUUUCACCUGAGACCCUUGGAGAGGCGUACUGCACGGGAUGCAUUGUUUCGUUUGCCGGUUUCCGAAUCGAGGUGCCGCUACAGAUUGAACGGUCUGCACGGGCUGUUGAAUGGUUCUUCAAGAAGGACGGCGUGGUGCGAUCCAGGGCCCUGGUGUCCACUGAGAGCCAUCAUAUGGUUCGUACUCUGCCUCGGCCCGCUCAGUUAAAGACAGAGUUGCAACUUCCUACUGCUCUGCUGUUUGGAGAAACUGUUUCUGGAGCUCUAGUUGUCACCAACAACGAGUCUGGGCCUAUUUCCAUGAGUCUCGCUUGCAAGGUGGCCUGGAAUGUGAGAGAUGGAACAGACAAGAACCUUCCUGAAGACUCUCCAGUGCUUACCUGGGAUGAAGAGGGCGAUAAGGAGAUUGAAUCAAUGGAGAGUGCCACUUUUAAGUUCUCUCUUAAAGUUCCUAAUUCCAAGAUCUCCGGUCCUGCAGGCUCUGUCCCUGCUGCUGUUGUCAACCUCCAGUUCUCUUCCAUAUAUAAUCUAGGUGAUCCUGACUCGCCGAUCCGGUUCAACAAGGGGUACACCCGUCAGCUUCACCGACCCUUGGUGGUUGGCUUCUCUGUGUCACCUGCUGUUCAUCCUGACGACUGGCCCAGUUUCUUUGUUCCUGCUGAAGGUGACGAGAAAUCACCCUCUCCAAUCAUCAAGAAGCGAUGGAGAGUGGAUGCCCGUAUCACACAUUAUGCCCAGGGCCAUGCUGAGUCAGAUGAGAUUCCUCUGGAACUUGUCUCCGCCAAACUCAUGUUUGUGUCCAAGAGCGACCAUUCUGUGUGUGAAGUUGUGAAGGAACCUUGUUCUGAGCUAGGAGACCCUCUGACUGGUGCCCUGGUGUCUCGUUCCGACUCAGGGCAUGGUUCUUUCUUGUCCACUUGUCAGUUUGACACAUAUCGAGAAGAUCUGGAGGUGCGAAGUGUCACCGUGGAGGCUGUUCUUCAGAUCCGAUGGAAGCGACACGGUGCCGAACUGCAAGAGUCCUUUGAGUAUGACGCCAACCCUCUUCGUCUGACCUUGCCUAUUCUGGAACCUCGAUGUAUCGCCCAUCUUCCCAACGGCUCCGUUUCUCGAGGAGAGUCAUUCCAGAUGGACUACUACAUUGAGAAUGCGACUGCUCAUGUUCUGACCUUCAUGAUGACUUUGGGAGACGCUACUGCACCAGUGGCUGCCACUGGUAUGAUUCCUCCCAAGGACACGCCUGCGGAUUUCCUAUAUGACGGUCCCCGCAAGUUUUCCUUGCGUCUACUGCCGUUCUCCCGACGGCUCAUUUCAGCCCAACUGGUGCAUCAAGAGAACCCCAACGCUGGUCUUGGUCUGACGUGGUUCAAACUGCCCAAUAUCAAGGUGUACGACCCCGUGUAUAGAAAGACGUUGAGUGUAUUGUCUGGGGAUCGUCAGAUUCGGGCUGAUGCCAGAACCUAUGAGACGUAUCUGAGGAUGUGA